AUGACGCCAAGGAGUCUACCAUUUAUUCUACUUAAAGGCAUUACAAAUGAUUUCUCGGCUGAUAGGAUAAUUGGUAAAGGCUUCCGUGGAAAUGUGUACAAGGGAAUUUAUGAAGAUGGGACAAUCAUCGCCGUGAAGAUUCUCCACAUACGUGUUCAUGAUCUGGUAGUCGGAAUGUGGAGGAAAAGGCUACAGCGGGAAACAUCCAAGGCCCGGUCGGUGGAAGGAUAUUGCCACCAAGUGAUGGCAUGCAUCCUAAUAGCACUGAAAUGUGUUGAGUACAACAGGCAUGAUCGGCCCAACAUAAGAGAGGUUGUCCGUGCGUUGGAUGAAACAGAGACAUGGAUUCACGACGACAGUGAUCUGCUUGAUGUGCACCCGACGGAUCUCCGCUUCGCCUUCAAGCCGAAAAAACACGCCUCCUGCUUGGUGCAGCUACACAACAAGCAAGACGAUCUUGUGGCGUUCAGGAUUAUGUGUCAUAAGAGUCCAAAGAGGUACCACAUGAGCCUGCCGCUCCACGGCAUGGUGCCUCCCAGGUGCACCUACACCCUCGCCUUGAUGACUAGAAAGCAGCUGAAACCACCACCGUCAGACAGCGACGAGGCCUUGGUGUUGUGGAGUGUUGCAGUGAGCCAUUCUCAGGAGCUACAGCUGAAGAAUCUUAGUAACCAAGCGUCGGCGUCCAGAGAAUAUGAAAAUAUGUUCAGGAAAGCACAAGAGUCUGCUGACGAUGAGAUGCAAGAGGUGACGCUCAAGUGUAUUUCUGCUCCACCACCAGCUGAUGAAGAGGCAACCUCCUCCGAUGAAGUCUUGAAUUCAUUUGAAGACGAAGCAGUUUAUAUCGCUAAAUUCAUCCCACAAGAGGAAUGGAUUGUGGCCGGAGAUGGCAAUGGGUGGAUUCAUGUGUUCAGCUGCGAUGGAUACCAAGACCCGACAAGCUUCGAAGCUCAUGAUGGUCACAUCAUGUCGUUGGCUGUUCAUCCCACUGAUUCCUAUGUGCUGUCAUCGUCUCAUGACGAUCACCUGAUUAAGCUCUGGCACUGGGAUAUGCAUUGGGACUUCAAGAAGGGGCCCUGGGCGUGCACUCGCACAUUUGAGGGGCACACUGACAGAGUGUCGCAACUAGUUUUUAACCGAGAGGACCCUGGUUGCUUCGCCAGUGCAUCAUGGGAUGGCACGGUCAAGAUCUGGAGUCUUAACUCUGAUGUGUGCAAAACAAUCAUGUCAGACACGCAUCAGGAUGGCCUUCUCUGUGUUGAUUUCAUCACUGGUGCUGAUCAUCAGCAUCUUAUCACUGGAUCAAAGGAUCAGACUGCGCAGAUCUGGGACCUGGAGAUACAUAGGCGCAGGGAAUACCUACAAGGGCAUACAGACCAUGUUAGUGUUGUCUACUAUCAACCAGAUCAUCAGAAACUAAUUACAGGUUCACUUGAUGGGACUAUUCGGAUUUGGGAUGCCACUACUUACAGGCUUGAGAAUAUUAUUGCUCUUAACCUAGGAGCAGUUUCUGAUGUUGGAUAUAUAAAGGAGUUACAAAGGAUUAUUGUCGGGUGCUCUGAAGGAAUAGCAACGAUGGAGAUUAAUUUCCUUGAACUCUCAAUUGCAAGCAAAGGACGAAUGCAGAUAAUGCCAUGA